GCAUGCUCGUACAUCUGCAUGCACGCUUGAAUGUUUGGCCUGCUGCUCAGCCACAACCGCAUAAGCAUAUGAGCUUUGCGAUGCAUGCUGGCAGGAUAGCACACGGGUCUAAAAGGCUAUGCUGCGAGGAUAAGUCGUUCCCAACAGGCUCGACAUGCGCCGAAGAGCUCCUGCUUGCAAAAGACCAAUGGAACCAAAACAUAGCGUAGGAAACAGGCCCUACAUACUUGAGAUAGUCCUACGAGAAACAUUGGCAUGAACCAUGGAAUGUUGUGCUACACGAUUGCAUUACUUUCGAGGACGGCAAAGACCAUAAUCGGAUGGGCGGGCGCUAACGGGUUCCAUUGAUAGGAAACUCCUCGAACGAGAGCGAAAUAUUCGGACCCUGGUUACAGUCACGGAACUAGCGAUGCCGCAUAGCGUUGCAAAUGACAAGUGUUCGGUCCUGUGCGCAUGUUGUUGUUGUUGUUGUUGUUAUUGUUGUUGCUGUCUCUUCGCAAAGC